UGGUAACAAAUUGGUAAUUCAAGUCAUAGACUCAUUCACUCAUAGCGAAGGAAAAGGCGCGAGAACGAGAAGAAUGCUGAACAGCUGAAUUCUAUGAAGUAGUAUAUAAAGCUCUAGAAUUUUAAAAAAUCUUGACAAUUUAGUUUUACAUAGUACUUUACUACAAAUAAUGUCUUUCACUCAACUUCAACAUUCUCCAUCUUCAAUUCUUCACAUAAAAUUCAACCCUAAAAAAUCAACCUCUACUAAUCUCAAUUUUACCCUAAAUUCGCCAUUUAAAUCCUCAAUUUCCCUCAAUUGUUCUUCAAAUGAUUCUCUAUCCUCUUCAAUCUCAUCUCUUCAGUCGAUCAAACCCUACGUUCAAUCCGAAUGGAAGUUAAUUCUUCAAGGAUGGACUUGUAGCGCCAUUUCCGUGUUUUCUCUCUCCAAAAUUGUACCUAAUGCUGGAAAAUUUUCGAUGAAUUUGGGGGAUUUUCAUGCGAUUAAAUGCGAUGGUGCGAAACUUGCCGCGUUUUUUGUUGUUCGAUUGAUUGCGAAUUACUUGCAGCAGGCGUUUCUAUGGGAGGCUGCGUUUAAUUCGGCGUAUAAGAUUAGGGCAGAUGUUUUCGAGAAGGUUUUAGAGAGAGAUUUAGGGUUUUUUGAAGGAGGUGAUCAUCAUGGUGUUUAUUCUUCUCCUGGAGAUAUCUCGCAUCGGAUUACUUCUGAGGCUUCUGAUGUUGCUGACACUGUUUUCGCUCUUUUGAAUACUAUAGUUCCUAGCACUCUGCAGCUAUCAGCUAUGGCAGCUCAGAUGUUGGUCAUAAGCCCUGUUUUGUCAACAAUAUCUGCCUUGGUCGUUCCUUUGGUGGCACUCGUUAUUGCUUUACUUGGUUCGAGGCUUCAAAGGAUAUCAAGGAAGGCACAUCUGAGUAUUGCUGCUCUUUCCACUUACCUGAAUGAGGUCCUCCCGUCAAUCCUUUUUGUGAAAGCUAGCAAUAUGGAGUGGACCGAAAGUGUUAGGUUCAAAAGGUUAGCUCAUGCUGACUUGAUGAGUCAGUUAAAAAAGAAGAAAAUGAAGGCCCUUGUUCCGCAAAUUGUGCAAGCUGUUUAUUUUGGAGCAUUGCUCAUAUUUGUAGCUGGAUCACUUGUUCUCUCAGGGGGAUUGUUCAACACCUGCAACUUGAUCUCGUUUGUUACUUCCUUGGUUUUCUUAAUUGAGCCUAUUCAGGGUGUUGGAAAAGCAUACAAUGAGCUGAAGCAAGGAGAGCCAGCUAUUGAGCGCUUGUUUGAUCUCACUAGAUUCAAACCUCAGGUGAUUGAGAGGUCAGAUGCAAUUCAUAUAGAUUCCAUUAGAGGAGAAGUGAAGUUUUGUGAUAUCUCAUUUCAAUAUAGAGAUGGUUUACCCCUUGUCUUGAAUGGAGUUGACCUCCACAUUAAAGCUGGAGAGAUCGUGGCUCUUGUGGGCCCUUCUGGAGGAGGGAAGACAACAUUGGCUAAGCUUCUGCUUCGCCUCUAUGAUCCUAUGAAUGGUCGUAUAUUAAUUGAUGGACACGAUGUUCAAAGUUUUCGGUUGGAAAGUUUAAGGAGCCAUGUCGCCCUAGUUUCUCAGGAUAUUAUGCUGUUUUCAGGGACAGUUGCUGAGAAUAUUGGCUAUAAAGAUCUUGUGAGAGGAAUUGACCUGGAGAAAGUUAAGCUUGCUGCAAAAACUGCAAAUGCUGAUGAAUUUGUCAGUUUGCUUCCUAGAGGGUACGAGACUCAUAUCGGAUCAAGAGGUUCAAUUUUAAGUGGGGGCCAGAAGCAAAGGCUUGCAAUAGCAAGAGCAAUCUACCAGAAUUCUUCAAUUUUGGUUAUGGAUGAAGCAACUUCUGCGUUGGACAGCAGGUCUGAACUGUUGGUUAGACAAGCUGUGGAGCGCGUGAUGAAAAAUCAUACUGUUUUAGUCAUUGCUCACCGACUCGAAACAGUUCUAAUGGCUGAGAGAAUCCUAGUCCUAGAAGCCGGUAGAUUGCAAGAGGUUGAUCGUUCAAUUAUAACCAAUAAUUUGCAUGAUUUGCAAUCAUCAGCUAGCCUUGUCAUAUAAAUGUAUGACUAGAGAAUGCCCAUGCACUUGAAUGACAGGCUACGCUUUUAAGUUUUAUGCCUCAUUCAUGCUCGACUACUGUAUUCAUCUCAAAGCUCCACAGUUAAGAGUUGGUGAGGUAAAUGGAACAUUUCUAUAUUUGUAAGGAAACAAAUUUUAGAUCUAUCAACUUGUAGUGAAUAUUGGCUGUAAUCUUCUAGGUCAACCUGGGUAAAAUUGUGUACAAAGUUAGGAAGGACACAGGCCUAUGACAUGCCUAGAAGUAAUUGUAUAUAGAUGGAUUGGGGCACAGGUAUCGAAGACUGUACUAGCUGUUCUUAGUUUAAUACCUGGAGAUUGGGAAUUAGUGUGAGAGAUAAGUAUAUUUCCGAAUGUAAAUAUGAGCUUUAGCAACAAUCAAUUGCGUUAGAUCUGACAAUCAUUCUAUGCAUUAGCAAUAAUUAUGUUAUGUUGGUUCA